AUGGCCAGCACCAGCGAGGCGCAGCUCGAGAAGGCGCUGGGGGGCCCGGCCCUGCCCGCGGACUGCCAGGAGACGGAGCAGCUGCUCUUCUCCAGCGAUGGCAAGGGGGUCCGGGGCUCCAAGUCCUUCUCGGGGACCCUGGCCAGCGACAAGUCCCUGGAGACGGAGCAGAACGGCCACAGCCUGCCCUACAAGACCGUGUCCGCCGGGCACCUGGAGACGGCCUCGCACUCGCCCUCCCGGAUCAGCCUGGGGCGGGCAUCCUCCACCGCCACCACCAGCGCCCAGGAACAGGGCCGGCCGCUGGAUUAUCUGGUGCUGGCCAUCUUCUCCUGCUUCUGCCCCGUCUGGCCCAUUAACAUCGUGGCCUUGGUCUUUUCCAUCAUGUCAAGGAACAGCGGACAGCAGGGGGACAUGGACGGGGCUCGGAGACUCGGGCGCAUGGCCAGGCUGCUCAGCAUAGUCUCCAUUGUCCUGGGAAUCCUCAUCAUUGUGCUCUACUGUUCGCUCAAUUUCACAGUUUUUCAGAAGACCAAUUAG